CGCCCCGAUGGAAGCGGAGCCGGGUCCGGGCCGGCGCUGCUGCUGCAAACCGGGGGGGCGGCUGGACAUGAGCCACGGCUUCGUGCACCAUAUCCGGCGGAACCAGAUCGCCCGAGAUAAUUACGACAAGAAGAUGAAGCAAGCCGCCAAGGAGAAGGUGCGGAGACGGCUAACCCCGGGCCCUACGAGGCCUCGCAAGCCGGAUCAGCAGGUGUACUUGCCCCGACGACGAGUUGAGGCUCGGCCGAGCCGGCCUGUGGCCUCCAGCGGAAGCCGGGACUAUGAGGAAUCCAGCGAGAACAGCAGCAGUGGGAGCUCAGACCCAGAACCCCCCAGCCUGCAGCUCUUCUGCCUGGAAUAUGAAGCGGACAGUGGGGAAGUCACCUCCGUCAUCGUCUAUCAGAAUGAUGACCCAGGAAGGGUGAGUGAGGAAGUGUCAGCCCACACGCCCCUGGACCCAUCCAUGCGAGAAGCCCUCAAGAUUCGCAUCCAGGAAGAGAUGGCAAAGAGACGGAGCCAGCCCUGACCUGGGCUCACACUUUCCUGGGACUACAGCGACUGUCUUGGCUUUACCAUUAGAGCUGGAGGUUUCCCCUGCUCCCUUUACCCUGGGGACUCCAGGCCCUGCCUGGCUUCCUCACUCUGCCGCUGGGGCUCUGGGAGAAGUGCCACUGCCAAGCUGGCCCCUGGCAUCUCCUUUACUGUGACUCCUCUGCUAUUCUGCCACAGACCACUGCUGCCUGGGAGUCGCAGAAAAGGGUUUCUCUGGCCUUGUGUUGUGCUAGCUCGGAUUCCCGGGAAGUACAGCCCCCCAGUUAUUGAAGAAUCCCUCUCCUUAGGGGGCUGGCUCCCUAAGCCCUGUGCCAAUCUGCUCCGUUUGUGUUUAGGGCACCUCCUGACUGCUUCUUCCCCUUGCCAAACUCCAGGGCUUCCUGGAGCUCUUUGUUCCCAGCCUCGUUUCCCUCCAUUUCCAUGUUACUGUCUCAGGUAGGACCCCAGAGCUUCCCCUCCCCACUCCUCACGCCCCCUGCCUUACAGCUGUUCUCAGUCUACAGGCUGUGAGUUUUCUCAUUUUGACCACUCUACCAGCAACUUAUGAAAGAGGCCCAAGAGGAAGACACUCAGCAAAACCCGAGGAAUGCUGGGAGUAAAUGGUUUCGUGCUCAGUGAGAACCCAGAUUAGCCCAGAUGACUUGUCCUGGCUCUGGAAGUCGUGCCGCCUUCCCUUCAGGAUUUUCCCACCAUGCUUGGCCCAGCUAGAUUCAAGUCUCCGUGUGGCUGAGAGGCUUUCCCAAGAAGUCAAGGCUGGAGGAAAACACCUGAAAAGGAGAUCCUAAACAGAGCCUCUCCCAACCCAAUCUGCACUCUCCAAAUGAACAAGCAAUAAUUCCCUAAUUGGAGACCUGCCGCUCCUUCAGCUUUCUCUUCUUUAAAAAAAAAAAGAACCCAAACUCUUGCCCAGAUGAGCUCUACUGCUAAUCCCUUUAUUCUUCUCACCCACCCCCUCCACCCAUCUUUAAAUGUUUAAAGUAUGCUUGAGAUUCCUAGAAUAAAGGUACCAAAGGAUAAGCACUCUUAGGUAUUGAGCAUUCUUCUCAGUAGGAGGCUGCGAGCUGAGAAAUGGGUCUCACCCUGCCUGCCCCAAACUGGACAGGAACUUGAUGAACCCUAAAUGCCGUGUCCUGAGAAUGCUGCUCCUUCCCCUCAGAGCCCGGAGGUCGGCUACGAUGCCUCCCAGCCAAAGGGUCCAGGCCUCAAAAACCAUGGAUGGUUUAGGCUUCCUACCUCCAAGAAGAGGAGCCGGGCAGGCAGACCAUAUAUAAUCUCCAGCCUGGAAACGAAGGAUUUUUGUAAAUCCAGAUGGGACUUUAUAAAUGAGAAGUGGGCAGCUGGGCCAUCCAGUGGAUAGAGCGCUGUUGGGCCUGGAGGCAGGAAAACGAGUUCGAAUGUGGUGUUAGGCACCAGCUGUGUGACCCUGAACAAGACAUUAAUCCGGCUUAUCUCUUUGUUUCUUCUUCUGUAAAACAAGUUGGAGAAGGAAAAGGCAACCCAUUCUAAUGCCUUUGCCAAGAAGACCCCAAAUGUGGUCAUGAGGAGUCAGGUAUGACUGAACAAAAGUGGGAUGAGAAAGCUGUAGUGACCUGAUUGGGGAAAGCACUGGAAGACCCGGAGCGCCCAUCCACCUCUCCAAGCAGAUCUUCUCACGUAACCUGUCGCCCCCUCACCCCAGAAGGCUUUGCUGCAUUGAGAACUUACAGUUUGGUUCCAGGUGGAAGGACGGAGUAUUAUUCCCUCAAAAGGCCUGGAAGUACCUUUUUAAUCUCAACAUGGGGAGCUACUGGAGAGGUCCAGGGGAUUCAUAAGACUGGCUCAGGACAAACUCCUCAGCUCUCCCCUGACACACGGAGCAUCGGGAAUGUUGCAUUUGGGUUAGGAGAUGGCACUCCCGAGGCUUUCUAGGAUGAGGCCCCCAGGGGCGGGUCACCCUGUGGAACUGUAUUACCCUGGACAACACUAAGAAUAAAGGCAUAAAAAGGAGCAUGAGACCAAUUUGUUUA